CGAGCGCUAUAGCGGUGUGAGCUGGUUCCUCUUCUCACCAGCUCAGUCAGAUGCGCACAGCUCGAACUUCCUUGUUACAAGCCCAGUGCGCUGCGCCCCGUCGACCCGUCCGCAUCUUCAUCCAGAACCCCAAGAGAAACAACAGUUCUGUGAAAGGAUGGAGCCGGCGGAGAAGAAAUGAGGAUUAUGCUUUACACGGUCACCCGAGUCUAGAAGAGCAUAUACAAGCGCAGAAGUAACAAUCGAAGUGUGAAGGAACCAUGGGCUGUGUGGGCUCGAAGAAGGAGCAGCAGCCUCUCGGCAAAGAGACGAGCAAUGACGACCAGCAGAGCUGCGCGCAGACGGCCCAUUACGUCAAAGACCCCACCGCAGGAAACUCCGGGAGCAAAGCUAGCAAAUUGCCAUCCAAUGCAAACUCUUCAGACGGAGACAGCAUCGUCAUGGCGCUGUACGACUACGAGGCCAUCCACGACGGCGACCUUGGCUUCAAGAAGGGAGAUAAGCUCCGAAUCCUAGAGGAAUCGGGGGAGUGGUGGAAAGCGAAGUUAAUCAGUUCGGGUCAGGAGGGCUUCAUCCCCAGUAAUUAUGUGGCCAAAGACACUCUGGAGGCAGAGGAGUGGUUCUUCAAGGGCGUGAGCAGGAAAGAUGCUGAGAGGCAGCUGCUGGCCUCCGGGAACAAAGUGGGAUCCUUUAUGAUCCGAGACAGCGAGACCACCCAGGGCAGCUACUCCUUGUCUGUGAGGGACCGUGACCCCCAGUCUGGUGACACUGUCAAACAUUACAAGAUCCGUACGCUGGACAAUGGAGGAUUCUACAUCUCUCCACGCAACACCUUCAGCACCCUGCUGGAGCUGGUCAGCCAUUACAAGAAGCAGGGAGAUGGUCUCUGCCAAAACCUGACCAGCCCGUGCUUGAGCCCCAAACCUGAGAAACCGUGGGAGAAAGACGCCUGGGAAAUCCCCAGAUCAUCACUCAAAUUGGAUAAAAAGCUCGGUGCCGGCCAGUUCGGAGAAGUCUGGAUGGCCACGUACAACAAGCACACCAAAGUAGCAGUGAAGACCAUGAAGCCUGGCACCAUGUCAGUGGAAGCCUUCAUGGGCGAGGCCAACCUGAUGAAGACUCUGCAGCACGACAAGCUGGUCCGACUCAAUGCUGUGGUCUCCAAGGAGGAGCCCAUCUAUAUCAUCACUGAGUACAUGGAGAAAGGUAGUUUAUUAGACUUCUUGAAGAGUGAUGAGGGCAACCGUGUCCAGCUUCCCAAGCUCAUCGACUUCUCUGCCCAGACCGCAGAGGGUAUGGCCUACAUCGAGCAGAGGAACUACAUCCACAGAGACCUGAGGGCUGCCAACAUCCUGGUCAACAAGGCUUUGGUGUGCAAAAUCGCUGACUUUGGCCUCGCUCGCAUCAUCGAAGACAACGAGUACACGGCCAGGGAAGGAGCCAAAUUCCCCAUCAAAUGGACAGCUCCUGAGGCCAUCAACUACGGCUCUUUCACCAUCAAAUCUGACGUCUGGUCCUUUGGCAUCUUGCUGACUGAGAUUAUCAGCUAUGGGCGUACACCAUACCCAGGGAUGACCAACCCGGAGGUAAUUCGUGCCCUGGAGAAGGGCUACCGAAUGCAGCGCCAGGACAGCUGUCCCACCGAACUCUAUGAAAUCAUGCUGGAGUGCUGGAAGAACAAACCUGAGGACCGUCCCACCUUUGAUUACCUGCAGAGUGUCCUAGAGGAUUUCUACACAGCCACAGAGAGCCAGUAUCAGCAGCAGCCAUGAGGCUGAACAUCCACAGACAUGUUUUUCUCUUAUAGUGCUGUUCUUUUCAUACUUAACAGCGAGUCCAGUUUCUACAUGCAGCAGUGCAAUUCAGAGUGCGCGCACACACACAUACACUCUCUCUUUACCAUUCUCUCUCUCUCUCUUGGGUUGGGUUGAAACUUCAUUAACUAUAUAUUGUAGGAAGCUAAGCAUCACUUCUCCUAACAUUUUUAAUAUUUCCAUUGGAUUCUCCUCACUUUGGAUGAGAACAGUAAAAGUAAUAGUAAUAUAAUCACACAAGAGAGAUUAAGAUUACGACGCCCAUGCCAAUAAUGCAUUAUAAACAUACUUGUUAUUGUAUUGUGUUUAUAGCACUGCACGAUUAUAGUUAUAAGCACUCAUAACUAUUUAUAAUGCUUUAUUAAUCAAAUCAUAAAACAUUAUAAAGUAUUAUAUAAUGACUUAGAGGUCAGGUGUCAUAAUACUCUAUAAUUGCUGGUCACUCACUGACAUUUCUUUUUGCAAGGAUCAUAAUGUAUGAUUAUUCCCAUAUUGGUCAACAUCGUAAUCUUUUUAUAGUGCAAUCACUGCUAUAAUGCAUUAUUAUCACUGUUAUAAUGCAUAUAUGCAUUAUAAUGUGAUUCUAAAUUACUCUAAGAGGACAAAGUUUGCUUUUAGUAAAGAAAAAUAAAGAAUGACGAAGAAUAUCAUUAAAUCUAUGCAAGAACAACACAGAAAGCAUUGUAUUUUGUAUAAUUAAUAAUUGUUACUUUACUUAAAGCACACAAUAACCACUGAGAGUUGCUUAUACAAUCACAUUAUAAUGCAUUAUAACCUCCACUGUGCGGUAAAAAAGAUAAAAAGCCAUACCACUCUUCUACCCUCAUCCCCCUGAUCCCUCUUAUAAUGUUUGUAUGGUCCCUAACAUUCGAACAAAAGUUGUUUUACAUAACAUCACUGUACGAUACAUGCUAUGGCAUCUCACACACAAAAUAUUAUUUCACACAAGCGCACGGCCAUAUAGCAAACAAACAAGGCCACACGAAAGCAGUCGCAAGGAAAAAAGACUGGAUUUCGUUGUUGUGCUCCAGCGCACAUCGUACAUCCAUCAAAGGAAGGUACGACCGCUGUGAAGUGUGUUGAUGUCAACAACAGAGCAAGCAAAGCUGUUGUUGUCAACCCCCCGUCAAACGUACAGUGUCCUACAUUGCGAAAGGAGAGCAGGGGUGCAGUGGACUUUACAAAGUGCAGAAUACUGUGUGGCUGAUAUAUGCUUAAAUCUUCUAUUUACAGUAUAUUCCAUCGAUAUGUUCCAGCACAAUGUGGCUUGAAAUUAGCAUGACCCCUUUGCCGUGCCUUUUUCUGUCUCAACAUUUAUAAUAUGUUCCAUAUGCUCUGUGUAUAUAGUACGCAAAUAAAUACAAUUAUUUAGGAAUAGGGUUUAAAGUGAAGCUAUAUUAACUGAUAAUGCGUGGUCAUCUUUUUGGCUCACUAAACUUUUGUUCUGUAUUUGGGAACUAAAUCUUUAAAAAAGCAGUGCAAACAUCUUUAGGCCUUCUUGUUUUUUGUGUGAAAUAAUUAAUUUAUUUUUGCAAAUGGUAUUGAAUAUUAGUGUAUGCAAUGAUCUUUUCUAACCUACCUUUUCUAUCUUUAUUUUGCUAUUUUUUUCUGCACAGUUCGGAUAAUGUGAUUCUUGUAUUGUUGGAAAUAGCAAUGGAUUUUGUGGACCAAGAUCCUUCAAAUUGAAAUGAUAUAUUUUAGGAUGUUGUUAUUUCAUGAUUUGGUUAGAAACAAUAAGUGAGAGAAUUUUUUUAUGGAACGGAAAUAUAGAGAAUGAUCUGUUUGUUCUUUUCUUUAUCAAUAUAAAACUCUUUGCAUAUUUUAUUUUGUUAGAUGCUUGGUUCAAUGCAACUGUUGUAAACAUUUUCAAAUAAAUUGUUUUAGAAACAA